AUGUUGAUUCCUCACGAUGGCUUUGCGGUUUACGUCGAAGCUGCGGUGUUUCCAGAUCAAGAUCUUGCUAGCUAUGGGGUGGUUAUUAAGGGCAACAAUGGAAACUUUAUUUCAGUUAAGAAUGGUCCGGUUCGUUGUUUCAAUGAUGCUCAUUUAGCGGAAGCCAUAGCUAUUAAAGAAGCACUAUCUUGGGCAAAUGAACGUGGUUUACAGAAGGUGGCCAUCUUUUCUGAUUGUCAAAUAGUAUGUAAUUUGCUCAAUGGCUCAUCUUUGGAUUUCUCUUGUGCGGGUUGUGUCAUUAGUCAAUGGCUUGAUCUUAAACGACACUUUGAUUUAGUGUAUAUUCAUUUUAUCCCUAGGUCAGUGAAUAAGCUCGCUUAUGCUAUGACUAGAGCUUCUCCUUCUUCUACUAGUCCUACUACUUGGUUUGAUUCUAUUCCUCCUUGUAUUGAACUCUUGAUUUAA